AUGUCCGAUUAUUUGACUCCUCCAUCGUUUUUGACGGACAAUUCCGUUGCCGCAGCCCUCAAGGAUGCAUACUCCUCGUUCUCCGAGCGCAGGGCUGCCCUCGGUCUCUCCAACCCCGGAACUGUGGAAAACAUCGCCCGGGAGGUGCAAAAGGAUGUUUUGCUGUCAAACUUCAUGUUCACGGGCCUUCGUGCCGAUUUGACCAAGGUCUUCGGGAUGUCUCCCUUGUUCCGUGUAUCGCAUGCGUUCUCGAUGGGCUCGUCUGGGAACCUGCCUCCGUACAACUUCUCCGCUAUGUAUGGAAGUCCGAAGGUCUUUAUGCAAGGUAAUAUCGGAAGCGAUGGUGGACUCGCUGCUGUCGCCAACUACCGCUGGACUCCCAAGUUGGUCACCAAGACCAACACUCAGAUUAUGGCUGGUUCCAGCCAGGCCCUCAUUCAGGUCGACCAGGACUACACCGGUGAUGAUUUCUCCGCUUCUCUCAAAGCUUUCAACCCAUCUCUCUUGGAUGGAGGCCUCACUGGAAUCUUCGUUGGCAGCUAUCUCCAAUCCGUUACGCCCAGUCUAGCACUUGGUUUUGAAGCAAUCUGGCAGCGCCAGGGUAUGAACACUCGUCCGGAAAGUGCCCUGUCGUAUAGUGCCCGGUACAAGGCCAACGACUGGAUUGCCAGCGCACAACUUCAGGCUCAGGGUGUCCUCACUGCCUCUUACUGGAAGAAGCUUUCUGAGCGCGUUGAGGCUGGUGUCGAUAUGAACCUGCAGUUCGCUCCUAACGCGGCUGCUGCGCUGAUGGGUGGUCCUAGCCGUGAUGGCACUACUGCCAUCGGUGCUAAGUAUGACUUCCGCGCUUCUACGUUCCGUGCUCAGGUCGACAGUGCCGGAAAGGUCAGCUGCCUUCUCGAGAAGCGGAUAGCCAUGCCUAUUGCUCUUACUUUCGCCGGCGAGAUUGAUCAGGCCAAGCAAACGGCCAAGCUCGGUCUUGCUGUUUCCCUCGAGAUCGCUGGCGAGGAAUUGAUGGAGCAGCAAGAGAAAGUUGAGGCCCAGGGCAUGAUCCCUCCUCCUUUCUAA